AUUGUUUAAUGAUCACCAUGGCAACCAAACUACACUGCAGACCCGAGGAGAACAACGCGAGUUUGGAAAAUCCGCUUUCUGACGGGGCUUCAGUGAUGUCAUCCUCCAGUGAAAAGCAGGCAGAAAACACACAAGCAUGCAUCACCCCUGGCAACCCAGUCUUCUCCUGCACAUUCAAUCCAUCCUUCAAAGGUCCAACUCCGACACCCUGGUCCAAGCCCCAGAACGCCCUGUACAGGACCACCUCUGCGGAAUAUGGCCUGUACCCUCCGUGCGCUGAAACCACUGCGUGUACUUUCCACCCGAGAACCCAAAAAUUCACCAAACAUUUGAGCAGGAGCGGCAUGUACCGAGACACCUGCUUCAACACCACGGUGGACCGCAGCAGAGUGUACGACUGUCCCAAUUUACAACACACCAUCUGACUCUCCAGCUUGACUCCGUGAGAGGUGUGGAGGGCGGCAAUAAACUAUUUCUGCAGAAUAGUACAUGCUUUGAUGACGAUUCAGAACCCAAACAUGUAUCGCACAAUUAUUAUCUUGGUUCAUAAGACAAGAAUUUCACUGCAUAUUGUGGUUGUGUACAAUUACUUAUAGUUUUAAAUAAAGACAACAGGACUGUUUGCAGGCAGUGUUUAUGAAUCACACUGCUGUGAAAAAUUGCACUUUAAA